AUGGAUCUAAACAACAACAAGAGCAACAACAUCGUCAAAACCCUAGCUCGAUGGUGUCUUCUUUUACAAGCUUUCAUGAUCUCGUCCAACACCGUGGCUCUUAAGGAACCAGACUACGUAAACAUGAACAUAACAAUCCGUAACUCAAUGACGGGAUUAAUCCGCCCGGAAAUCGUGUAUCGAUGCCAAUCUAAACGCAAAGACUAUGGUUGGCAUCGAUCUCCAAAGCCAGGAGUCCAAUUUUCAUUCCCAAUCAUCCUCAUAAAAGGCGAAACCAAAAUACCAGCGAUUCACAUCUGCCAAAUCCGGUCCGUGUUAGGAACGGCUACACUCGUGAUCCAAAACACCUAUCUGGACGCUGAGAUGUGCCCUAGAUCGUCGUGUGCUCACGAGGCAACCCCGAAAGGAAUUGUGUUUAGAGGCCUUGAGUGGGAUUUCAAAACCGUGUUUCCUAAACUCAAACCAGUUGAGUAUCUAGAAUUGCCGUGGACACCUUGGCCAAACAGAACGUAA